UAGACUGCGACGUUUAAUUUUGGAAUGCUUUAAAAUGGCGUCAAAGUGACUGAAUGAAUUUUCAUAAACAUAAGACAUAAACGGUAUAUUUUAUAGAUCUAGUCUAGAUAUAGAGAGCUCUAAGACAAGACCUAGAGUCUAGAGUAGAUCUAUAUGGUUCACACAUUGACCUCUAGUUUAAUUAAAAACAAAACUUUCUGAAGACACUUAAAAUGGAUUAUUCUGCUGAUAAUGUAGAACAGGCGGUCAAACAGUUCUAUUUGAACCCAAGCUUACAGAGUGAAGUUCACUUUUGGUUGACUGGUGCCCAGAUAUCGCCUGAUGCAUGGUCUUUUUGUUGGGACUUGAUGUCUCCAAACAAGGGUAUUGAAGUACAAUAUUAUGGAGCCAGUUGUUUGCAUGUUAAAGUUGUCAGAUUCUGGCAUGAAAUUCCCCCUGAGCAGUAUGAGUCACUAAAGUCAAAACUUCUUCAGAUGAUAGUGCAAUUUGCAUCAGGUCCAAAGAUUAUUCUGACCAGGUUAUGUGUAGGGUUGUCUGCUUUAGUCUUGCAGCUAUUACCAGACAAAUGGCCUGAUGCUAUCCAGAAUCUAAUCUCAACAUUCCAACAAGAAGGAUUUGCUGCUUUACCUACAGUUACAAGGUGCCAGAUAUUACUUGAAGUACUUACAGUCUUACCAGAAGAGUUUUUCAGUACCAAUCUUUCUCAGCAAAGGAGGAUUGUUUUGAGGCAAGAACUAACCAAAGGGCUUGAUCAUGUAAUUCCAUUACUACAGUCUCUUCUCACUGAUGAGAGCCCUUUAGAAGUUUAUCAGAGUGCUCUUAAGGCAUUUUCUCGCUGGGUUGACUUUGGAUUGGCAAUAGACAGAGCUGAGCCUAUCAUUCAUCAGGUUUUCACAUCCAUGCGCAAUCCACAUUUAUUUGAUAUCGCAUGUGACACUUUAGUCAGUGUAUUCUCACACCCUGAAGCUUAUAAAUAUCCUGUAACAAUCCAGAGAAUCCUAUCAGAAAUUUUAGCCUUGCAUGACUUAUUGUCUGGUGCCAUACAAGAUGAAGAUAAGGAAACAUCUGAAGGGAUCUGCCGUGUUAUUGUUGCUCUGUCAGAAAACCAUACAAAGUUAAUUGUUGAAUCAGUUCUGGGACCAGAAGAUGUUAAAUUAAAUACAACAUCUUUACUGCAUAUGAUUUUGGCCUGCUCAGGAUUACCUGGACAUUUUCCUGUUGAUGAAUGUUGCAGUGACCACACAUUUACAUUUUGGUAUUUACUCCAGGAUGAACUCGGUAUGAUAUCAGAAGAAGACUUCUCUCCAUUGAUGGAAGUCUUUAAGCCUAUAUUUUUUUCACUGAUAGAUGUUUUGUUAGUAAAAGCUAGACAUCCACCAGAAGCAGAUUAUUCUUCAUGGAGUUUAGAGGAAAAAGAAAAAUUCAGAUGCUAUCGACAAGAUAUUGGUGACACUUUGAUGUACUCUUACAAUAUAUUAGGAGUAGAGCUUUUAGCUCAAUUGGUGAAUUGUCUGGUGAAUGUAGUUGACAAAUACAAACAAGGCAAUCAGGAUUGGCAGAAUGUGGAGGCUAUUCUCUUUGUGUUUUCCUCCAUCUCUGAAAGUGUUCCAGCAGAUGAAAAAGUUUACGUUUCAAAGUUGUUUGCACAGCUGCGACAGAUUCCCUUUGCUAAUUCUCAACAGAUCUCCACAGCACUGCAUAUGAUUGGUUCAUUUGCUGAAUGGAUGCAGUGGCACCCUGAGACAUUGGGUUAUGUACUGCCAUUAGUAUUACAAGGUAUUAGUAAUCCAGAAGUUGGAACUGCAGCCACUAUAGCUUUAAAAGACAUUACAAGAGAGAACUUAACAAAUAUUCAGCCAUAUGCACAUCAGAUUCUUAUGGCUUGUCAGAACUGCUUUGAAGCAAAUGUACUCAAGUCCAGAGAUCUGCUUCGCCUAAUGUCAAGCGUGGGUCACAUUCUCUCUGUCCUAUCACCCAUUGAAAUUAUGCAGUAUUUGAACCAGAUGAUAACUCCACAUAUUGAACAUCUUAUCAGUUUGGCAGCAGUUCAGCCAUCUCCUUCUGUCAGAGCUGAUGUCUACACAUCUGUCAAUAUUUUUGCCUGGCUGUUUGGUUCUCUAGACACAGAGUUGGAUGGUAAAGAUGAAGAGCAGCAACAUGAGCUUCAAAUAAAACGUUUACAGCAACAAGAUCCAUCAGAGCCGAAACCUAUCUAUGUAAUACUUGACAAGAUUUCUCCUGCCAUUCAGAAAAUUGCAUAUGCCUGGAUCUUUGAUACUGGCAUUAUAGAGGCUGUAUGUGAUUUGUACAAAAAAGCUUUACAAAAAUUAGAUAAUGAUUUUGCCCCUCUCUCUGGAGACCUGACCCAACUUGUCAUUAAUUUAUACCAGAGAUGUCCGAAUACAGCUGUAAUAGAUCUAUGCAAACAGAUGCUUUUAAUAUUUGGGCUUCAAGAAAAUUUUAUUCCCUUUUCCAAAGUUAUAGUAGGAAAUAUAUGCUCCAGGAGUCUCUCAUUGUUUGAUCUAAGUGUUCGUAACUUUACUGAUGUCAUUGAAGGAUUUAUGUGUUUUCUAGCACAGGUGAUGAAAAAGUUGAAAAAAAUUAUUCUUGAUUGUAAUUGUGACCUCACUGCCAUUUUCCAUGCAGCUGUGCUAAGUAUGAGUUUACCAGAACAUGCAACAGUUAAAGCAGCUUGCAGCUUUGUGAUUGAAUUCCUUACUGCUGGUGCUGAGAAUGAGGUCAUCAAGAGCAUAGUCAUUACCUAUGGUCAUGUCUUAGUUGACAGAAUUAUGAGGGCUAUUGGUGGUGAAUGUCAAAGAGGUAUAAUUGACUUUAUAGCAGAUGUCAUCAUGACGCUAAAUAAACACUACGUCACACAGCUUUCACUUUGGCUGAAGACAGUAGUGGAGAAUGAAGGCUACCCUUCACCUAGAGCUUCCAAGCAAGAUAAAGAAAACUUCAUUAAAAACUUGCUAAGAGAUCGCAUGAACAAACGUAGAACACGGGAUGUUGUGAAAGAAUUUACUCUGCUAUGUCGAGGCCUUUUAGGAACAGAAUAUGCAGAAGCAGCUGCUGUGUUGUUGUGAUACUUAUGUGAUGGGAAAAAACUGGGUUCUGAGGAGAAAGUCUGGCCUUUAAAUCAUGUGCAAUACCUUUUUUUUACGUUUGGAAAAUGAACAAAUGUUACCAUUCAGAAAACAAAACUUGUUAAUAUUAUUUAUCUGUAGCUAUAACUUGUUAAUAUUAUUUAUCUGUAGCUAUAACUUGUUAAUAUUAUUUAUCUGUAGCUAUAAUCUAAGUCAUUUGAGAAUUUCAAUUAUUUUUUGUUCAUAGUGCUAUUACAGAAGUCUAAUUAGAAAUGUUUCAAUAGCACAUUAUAUUAAGCUUCUUUUUAAAAUGCUCCACCCCCACCCUUGGCUCAAGCUGUUAGCUAUUGAUAUCAAAGGGUUAAUAUGUUUUCUACAUUUUAUUCUCUAUACAAAAAUUAUCAUUAUUUUACAAACUUUGAUCUAAUUUAAAAAAACAACAACAAUGAACCUUUUUUUAAAACUGUUAUUGUUCUUUACUAAGCAAGGGUUGAAAACUAUAAACAAAAGUUCAGUUCAUUUUUUUUCUCAGGGGUGCAAACUAGCUAAGUUAGUUUUUGUGGGCAGCUGUUAAGAAUCUUACUAGGAUUUCAUGUCCAACAAUAGUGUCAUAUUAGCUACAUUCUCUGAUUUUGGGCAUGAAAUAAAAUGUAACAUUUUCUGAAACAUUAGUUAAAAUACAUUUCUGACCAUGUACAAGUGGAUUUGAUGAACAACAUUUAAGUCUGAUAAAACAUGAACUUUGUUACACCAUGAAGAACUUGUUAGGAGUCUUUUUUUUUUUUUUUUAAAUUCAAGAAUGUCUGUACAUGUGAAUCUUAGUUUAAAACAAGGUAAUUAUUGUUUAUCAAAUAUUGAGUUCAAUGUGAAAGUAGAAACUUGUUCUCAACAAGAGACUUGAAGUUUGAGAAUUAAAAUGAUUAAAGGUAAAUUUAAGAAUUGAUUAGCAUAAGAUAAAAAGAAGAAAAUGAAAUGUGUGGCUGUCUUAAGCUCAAUGUUUGUCCAGAGAAUGCAAGAAGCUUGUGUGGGAUGGUAACAUCCAAUGCAACAACAAAAAAAUAUUUGCUUAACUAUAAAGCAUAAGACACAACAAAGACUGUCAGUUAUAUUGGACAGAUAAUAAUGAUAAUCCCUAUUGAAGUCAGUCAGUCAAAAAAAAGAGUUUUAAGAAUUAAUAUUUGUUUACUCAUUCUAUGCAGAGUUUUAAGAGUUAAUGUUUGUUUGUUCAUUCUAUGCAUACAUUCAAAUUACUAGCUUUUUAAAAAUCUUUUAUUUUUAUAAAUAGCAACUAGGGAAAGUAAAUACAUGUGGCUCUAAAGAUGAAAAAAAUGAUAGCAUGACCUUUGAGAUUAUGAAGUAAUGUAGUAUUAGAAAAAGACAACAUUUAGAAAGUAGAACCAGUGUGUGUAAUGAUAUUGUACAUCAAUAGUCGCCAGCUUUUUGUUUGAUUGUAGAACAGUUUUUUUUUAGUGUUCAAGCUGAUAUGGCCAAUGUUUUCCUUAGUGAGCACUCCUGGUUAGACUUUGAUCCUAGUAUACAGUACUCUCUCUUUUUCAUUCAGCUUCAACUAAGACAAGUAGAAGGAGAGGAGGUCUUGAUAGUAAGGAAAUAGAAAAGGUUGGGAUGAAAGGGGAGAGAAUGAUGGUCCAUACAUCAGUAGAGAAAUAGGAAAAGUGGAUUUUUUUCCGUCAAAAAAGUACAAUAUAGUUUUGUUAAUUAAUGUUCAAUACAUCAUUAUUAACUUGUGUUAAAUUUAACCCAAUCCCUUUCAAUUCUAAAUGCAGAUAUUUAAUAUAUAUUGUUGAAACAUUAUUUUUAAGACUUUAUGUAUACUUACCUGAUGAAAACAAACUUUGUUGCAUCUUAUCAUCUAAACAAACACAUUUUAACUUUUGACUCCAUUAUUGUUAUUGAAACCAACCUACAUGACCCUAGGUGUCAAACUAAAUGUUUGUGUUCAGAAAACAAAAAUGCUUCCAUCUUAAAUGAUAACUUGUACGCUUUCAUUUAGCUGCUCUUCAGAACAUAUCAGUUGUUGACAGUUUGACCUGAAAUGUAAAAUAAAAUUAUUUUAGCAAAAUUAUUGACACUAGAGAUUUGUUACAGUACAUUGUUUCUCAUUGAAAAUCAAGUAGUUAUAUACAUUUAAAAUCAAAUUUCAUUACUUGAGCUGAGUGAAACGUAUUUUUAAAAAUUUACAUUAGUAUAGCAGUAUUUAAUUCCUUAAUUUGAUAGAAUAGGAAUUCAAACAUUUGUCACACCAUGAUCUGUUCUUAUAAGAAUUUACUCCACAAAUGCCUUCCGUCAGCCUUCAUACAACAAAUGUCCAUUUGACCUUUUGUAGAUAUCAUUGUUUGUUGCACCAAGAUUUAACAUAAGACUAAAUGUUUCAUACUUUGUAUAAGGCUUGUUAUGAUAUUAUACAACUUUCUCUCACACUUAAGUUAUAUCCAUAUCCCUGUUUACCCAUUCCAAUGAUGACUUCACAAAAUCCAACUUGUUUACUUUUGAAAUCAUAGUGCUUGAUUCAGAUUUCUUCAAACUAAUGUAAACAUGUAUCUCUAUUUGAGAAGCUUGUAAUUGCAAGUUUUAGUAGCGAUUUGAAUCAUGUUAAUUUGAUGGAGUGUACCAGUUGCUGUCUUGUGGAUACAAUAGUCACUGGUCGACAUAUGGUGCUAAAGAUAGAUGUACAUUGUUCUAAUGCUGGUCAAGUCCAACUGGAGAAGUUUAUACUAUUAUUUAAUGCAUUUGUGUUUUAAACUUUGCAAUUAUAGUAUAGAAUCCUAACCGAUCUCAUUGCUAGGUAUUUAUUGUCUCAUAGCUUUGUUAUCCUGUUUUUAUGUAUUGCAAAUGUCCAAUUAUAUUUUAAAAAAUGAACUUGUUCAUGUACAGAUUUCAAUAAACUGUUUGAUUUGAUGUUUUCA